AUGGGAGGUAAAAUAAUUGGAACUAAUCCACCACAACAACGUAAACCUAGGCCACCUCCAACAACUGACUCGACGAAACCAUCAAGACCACCAGCAACCUCAAUAAUACCGCCAGAGCUAUUUAUCACGAUAUGUGAACCACUUACACCCGAUGAUUUAUUUUCAUUGUCGCAAGUUUCUCGUUACUUUAGGAAUUUAUUAUGCUCUACAAAUUCAUCAGCCACGCAAUCCAUAUGGCGAAAGUCAAGGUUGACCUUCUUAUCAUAUCCCUCCUUACCUCCACCACCACCUCCACCUCACGGUUCGGCCUGUCCUGAUGACAUGGAUGAGAGAACUUACAUUCUAAUGACAAACAUAGCUAUAAGAUGUCAAUUUUGUCGUGAUCGUAAAAAGCCAUCUCAAAUCUUUUGGUCAUUUCAAGUUCGAUGUUGUGAUGAUUGUUUUCACCAACACACCAUCAGUGAAUAUAAUUUAAUAAAGAAUUAUAACAUGGCAAAGGAUGCAUUAUGUGGACUUCCAUACACAUCACCUUGUGAUUACAAAAUAUAUUGGAAGGAUCAUAUACCGACAGCGCAAUCGGAUUAUUCGUUAGCAUUGGAAUCCGAUUUAUUAUCGGUUUGGAUGAUGCAACAAAAAGCAAAGUUAGAACGUUACAUGAGCUUGAUAGAGCGUCAUGAAUGGGAAUUUAAGAAUGAAAUGACGAAAUGGUCGUAUCAAACCACAUUAUCCUUGCAGGAAAUACGAUUACGCUCAAGUUAUAUGGCGGAAGAAAUCGCUUCUGACAUGAACUUGGAUCCCGAAAAAUUAAGGGAUUGGGGGAUUUAUUGGUAUCCUAUGGACACGAAGACCGUUAGAAACUUAACCGAAGAUGAUUGGGACAAUUGGAGGGUUGAGGUUGAGACUGAAUGUAAAAAUAUCAGAAGGAAAUCACAGAAAUGGUUCUAUAGAUUUUCUAGAGCUA